CAUUGAUUAGGAGGUAUAAUUUUAUAUAACAAAAGAACAGACAGGAGAGAAACAAAGAGAAAAGGGGAGAGGAGAAUUUGGAGGGAAAAAAGUCUGAAAAAGAUCUUUUUGACUCUCCAUUUCUCUCAUAUCAUCAUCAUCAUCAUCAUCAUUAUUCAUUACAGAUUGAAUGAUAUACAUACACCCUUCAUGCUUCAUUGAUCAACACCCCUCAAUUUUCACCCUCUCUGAUAUAAUUAAAUUGUCCCUCGAAUCGAAUGACAAUUUCGUCAAUUUUGUGGGUUAGAAUUAAAGAUUUGGUUACUUUAAAUCAUGGGAAAUUGCUGUGUUACCCCUGCUAAGAGGAAGGAGAAGAACAAGAAAAGAAGAAAAAACUACAAACCGAGUUCUUUCUUCGCUAACUUUACAACCCUUACAUCUCCAAACAGUGCGGAAAGUUUCUUUGUAUUACAACAUCCUACGGGCCACGAUAUCAAACAGGGCUACAGUCUUGGUAAAGAGCUCGGUAGGGGCGAAUUUGGAAUAACCUACUUGUGUACAGAUUUAAAAACAGGUGAAAAUUUCGGCUGCAAAUCAAUAUCAAAAAGGAAACUUAGAACCGCAGUGGAUAUCGAGGAUGUGAGAAGAGAAGUUGAGAUUAUGAAACAUUUGCCAAAACAUCCGAAUAUUGUGACGUUAAGAGACACUUAUGAAGAUGAUAAUGCGGUUCAUAUCGUGAUGGAGUUAUGUGAAGGCGGAGAACUGUUUGAUCGGAUUGUCGCUAGAGGACAUUACACCGAACGCGCUGCUGCUUCUAUCAUGAGGACCAUUGUGGAAAUUGUGCAGAUGUGUCACAGUCAUGGUGUUAUGCAUCGGGAUCUCAAACCGGAAAAUUUUCUUUUCGGAAACAAGAAGGAAACGGCUCCUCUGAAGGCCAUUGAUUUCGGGCUUUCGGUUUUCUUUCAACCGGGGCAGAUCUUUAGCGAGAUAGUGGGAAGUCCUUAUUACAUGGCUCCGGAAGUUCUAAAACGCAACUAUGGCUCCGAGGUUGACGUAUGGAGUGCGGGAGUUAUUCUCUACAUUUUGAUUUGUGGCGUUCCGCCGUUUUGGGCAGAAACUGAACAAGGAGUCGCACAAGCAAUCAUUCGCUCGGUUAUAAAUUUCAAAAGAGACCCAUGGCCCAAAGUUUCCGAUAACGUGAAGGAUCUUGUUAAGAAAAUGCUUGAACCCGACCCAAAGUCCCGGCUUACAGCUCAACAAGUUCUUGAACACCCGUGGUUGAACUCAAAGAAGGCUCCAAAUGUUCCAUUGGGUGAUAUUGUUAAGUCGAGGCUUAAACAGUUCUCGGUGAUGAACAAGCUAAAGAAACAAGCGUUGAGGGUGGUGGCUGAACAUUUAUCAGUAGAGGAAGUGGCUGGAAUAAGGCAAGAUUUCCAUAUGAUAGAUACAAACAACAACGGAAAGAUUAAUCUUGACGAACUGAGAAUCGGUUUACAAAAGCUCGGUCAUCAAGUAAACGACGCAGAUCUUCAAAAUUUGAUGGAAUCUGCUGAUGUUGAUAGAGACGGGACCCUGGAUUGCGGGGAGUUUGUUGCGGUCACUCUGCAUCUUAAAAGAAUGGCGAACGAUGAACAUCUACACAAAGCGUUUGAGUUCUUUGAUAACAACAGAACUGGUUAUAUAGAGGUAGAAGAGCUCUGUCAAGUGUUAAGCGAUGAAGGCGAGAUCAUCAACGAUGAAGUAAUCAAUGCGAUUAUGCAUGAUGUCGAUAUGGAUAAGGAUGGGCGUAUCAGUUAUGAGGAAUUCGUCAUAAUGAUGAAGACGGGCACAGAUUGGCGAAAAGCAUCAAGGCAAUAUUCCCGAGAAAGAUUUAACGAUCUUAGUAUGAAGUUGAUGAAGGAUGGUUCGUUACAGUUGGCGGGCGAGGGCCGUUAAAUAAGUUCAAACUUUUACUUUACACAGACAAAAGAUGAAUGUAAAAUUAGAUGGAAAUGUACUAUUUGUGUAGUAGGAUAGAGGGGGUGGGGGUGGUUCAUCUUUUUGUAGAAUUAGGAUGGAGUUGUAAAGGUGCAGCUUGCUAUGAAGAGCUUGAAGGUGCUAGUCAUGAGGUCUUAUUGUAAAGUCUUUGGCUGUAUUUUGGAUUUCAUGAAGCUAAUUAUUGGAUAUUGU